GUUAGGACUUUUAUUUUGACGUGCGAAGCGUUUUUUAACCGGAAGUGAUGAUUUAUGGAAAUACGACCAAUCCAUCCGCAAAAUAUCAGGAAAUAUAAAAGUAAAACGGAGUAAAUGCUGUACUGUCAUGAGAUGUGAUAUGUCAACAGUGCCUAAUUCGAAGUUGCCUUAGUCCAGGACACAGCCGCCCAGGAUGGCUCUGAUUGAGGGCGUGGGCGAUGAGGUCACUCUGCUCUUCGGAGUUGUGUUCCUCUUGCUCAUCCUCAUCCUGGCCUGGGCCUCCACACACACGGCUGAGCCGCCUGAGCACCUUGUCCCAUCCAGCCCAGGCUCCGUCACCGCGGCAGAGCCAGAGAGCCAAGAGCCUCACCCUCCUGGUGACAUUACCUCACCACCUCGCAGCCCAAGGGAAGAUGAUAAGACUGAGGCAGGAGCGGAGAGAGGAGCUGAGGGACAUGAGAGCAGUGCAGAGGCUGCAGGAGGAGAAAGCCUGUUAGGGGCAGACGGUCUGAGACACAGAGACGUCCCGGGACCUUCACUCAGCACGCAGCCACCAGCCAGUGCCUCAAGCGCCACACAGGCGUCCACUUCUGAAGAUGUGCCCAAUAACACGGAGAGAAACAUGGUACUGAGGCUGAAGUUUCUGAAUGACACCGAGAGAAUAGCACAGGUCAACCCUGACGACACCAUUGGUUACAUUAAAAGGACCUACUUUGCUGGUCAGGAGCACCAGGUGCGUCUGAUCUACCAGGGCCAGCUCCUCCAGGACGAUGCCCAGACUCUGGCCUCCCUUAACCUCGCCGAUAACUGCGUCCUGCACUGCCACAUCUCGCAGCACGCCACGCGGGCAGUGCCUGCAGGCGCUCGCGCCGCCGACCAGGUGCACGUGGCGCUGAACGUGGGCAGCCUGAUGGUGCCUCUGUUCGUGCUCAUGCUCUCCGUGCUCUGGUACUUCCAGUUUCAGUACCGCCAGUUCUUCACCGCUCCUGCCACCGCCUCUCUUGUGGGCAUUACCAUUUUCUUUAGUUUUGUCGCGUUUGGGGUGUACCGCCGUUAAUUACGAGAGCUUCACCUGACGCAUACACUUACCCUACAUACACACAUACACAUACCAGCACCACUGUACAUUGCUUCUGGGAUCUCUGGACUCUCGCGGGUUUGUUGAAGGCCAUGAUUUCAGAAAAGUCUUAUUUUCUUUACUAUAGUCAGUUACUUCUGCAAGUUUAUGCUUGUGUUACACAGUAAUGUGCUCUAUAUUUAAUUUUUAGUUUUUUAAUAUUUAGAAAUGCUCAUUGUGCCUAUCCUAAUUUUUUUUUUUCUCUCAUUUUUGGCUUUGCAGGCUGCCAGUGUGUAGCUGGUGCUUGCUUAUGGGAGGGUUUGGUAGUCACAUGACUGUUCAAACUUUCAGGCAGGUUAAUCUGUCUCUGUCUGUCUGUCUCACACUGUUACAGAGUAGAGCAGACAGCGCUGCUGAUAUAUGUCAGGACUAUUGAAGUACUUUGUGUAAAAAAUGGAUCUUGAAACAAAGACAUAAUCUAUUAAAUCAUUCUUUUAUUUA